CGUGGGUAUUAAUUGGUUGACCUUGGUGUGAUUCGCGCGCGCUGAUCUGACUCUUCUGGAUUCCAGCUAUCGCGGACGAAUAAUAACCUGGAUCAACGACGCGCCAUGGAAGGAACAUCCACUUGGAUUUAUCCUACUGUUCCAGUCCCACUUGAACUUGAAGUGAUACUGGCUAAAGCUUCUUUGGUGCUUACUGAAAAACCUUGGCUGCAUCCACCCUUGAUCCUAGCCUAUGUUCAUACUUGUUCCUUUCCAUCUACUCAUUUGCCUAACGGUUGCACUGUGCGUAGAUGGCUUCCUCGAUCGCACAAGAAUAGACAUAAGAGACUUGAACCUGUGUAGCAGGGCAGAAAGCCGAUCUGCUCGACACAUAUUACAAGAGAUCGUUUAUCCGUUGUACAAAUUUGGCCACGUCGAAAUCCCCGAAGCCUGUCCGUGGAACCCUCGGCUUGAUUGCUAUCAUUUGCAGGAAUUGAUGAAACUGCAAAACUCUGCACGUGACUGGCAAUGUAACCAAUGUGGCAAGCGCUUUUACUCCGAGGAGGGUAUAGAUCUGCAUAUGAAAAACAGGCAUGCUACAAGCCUUUACACGGGUGCCAAUUCAACGUGUUUGGCGUCGCUGUGCCCUAUUUUGCGAUGUGAUGUCCUGCAGCCAGAUCUGGCUUUCGGUGACCAAGUGUUCUGGGAUGAGGCCCUUUGUGUGGAAUCACGCUUCACCAAAUUAAGGGAGCAAUGUGAGAAUCUCUUGGAACUGUGCAGUGCUAGUGAAACGGAGGGUGGCAGAGAAGUACGACAAUGGCUCCAAACAGCAAUAUGUGAUCACCUCUCAUGCGAUCGGUAUUGGGAAGUUCCUGAUCAGUGGCCUUCCACCUCCUCCACUCCUACUUUCCUUCUUGUGGCUCUCGCGGCACUUGGGAUCGCCGUUUACUACGUUGUUUUGGUGAUACGCAUCAGCAGCCCACCGGAUUCCCUACCCGCAUCCAGUUUAUCCUCCCCCUACUACUUCCAAUCGCUUUCAUCUCCUCCGCGUACCCACUGUGCCGGAAAGAAACGGUCUCGUGUCCACCGUGACUGAUCCACCGAAUUACUUUCAAGGACUUAUAUUUCCUAUUUUUAUCACUUUGUGAUUGCUGCAUUUCAUUUUCCGAAAACGACAAGACUUCGAUCACUU